CGGUUGUUGGAUCAACACCAACACCCCUUCUAUAAAACCAUCAACUGGGGCAUAUAUAGCAAAAUUAAUCGAAAAUAAGAAAGAAUGGAGUGGUGUUCCAUUAAUACUUGUAGGGUGUUGGUGGUUUCAGUGGUAUUGUUAUCAUAUAACAUGCUCUUGAUCUCAUCACCUGCUGCUGCUGCUGCUACAACUGACGCACAGGUGGAGGCUGAGGCCGAGACUCUCCGCAACUCCACUUGGUGGUGGUACAUGGAAAACACUACUUCUCAUCAUUGCACAUGGGACGGCAUCACCUGCAACAGGGAGGGACAUGUUAUUCAGAUUACCUAUUCACGUGGCUAUUGCCGCAGGUGUAAGCUUAGCCAGUUGAAGUUUUCUUCAUUUCCCAGCCUCCUCCAUCUCAACCUUAGUUAUCCUCUCAUCUAUGGUCGCAUUCCAGAUGAGAUAGGUACGCUUACAAAACUCACUUACCUCCGUAUAUCUGAAUGUGAUGUUUAUGGUGAGCUACCUGUUUCACUGGGUAACCUCGCUCUAUUAGAGGAAUUGGAUUUGAGUUAUAAACUCCUCUCUGGUGCCAUCCCUUCCUUUCUUGGAUAUUUGAAGAAUCUGAUUCAUUUGGAUUUGGGUUCUAACUCUCUUUCCAGUGUCAUUCCUUCCUCUCUUGGAAAUUUAACCAACCUGGAAUACUUGGACCUUAGUUUCAAUCAAAUCAAUGGUUCCAUCCCUUUUGAAAUUGGGAAUUUAAAAAAUCUGGUUGAAUUGUCCCUCGCUAGGAACUCCAUUGUUGGUGCUAUUCCUUCAUCUUUGGGCGACCUCAUCAAUUUAACUGAGUUCAAUAUUUGUGGAAAUAAAAUCAGGGGUUGCAUCCCUUUCGAGAUAGGGAACUUGAAGAAUUUGGCUAGCCUAGACCUUAGCAAUAAUUUGAUCAAUGGAAAGAUACCUUCCCAGCUCCAAAACUUGAAGAACUUAAAAAACUUGGAUCUUUCCCACAAUAAACUCUCAGGUCACAUUCCUACUCUUCCAAUAUAUAGAUCAAUGGAUUUGUCAUACAAUGAUUUGGAGGGUCAUAUACCCUUUGAAUUACAACUUGAACAUCCACCGGAGGUGUUUAGCUACAACAAAGGUUUAUGUGGUGAAAUAAAAGGUUGGCCACAUUGCAAAAGAGGACAUAAAACUAUGCUCAUCACUACUAUUGCUAUAUCCACCAUCUUGUUUCCUCUUUUUGCGGUGUUUGGGUUUCUCUUGCUUUCGCGGAAGAUGAGACAAAAUCAAACCAAGACACCAUUGAAAAAAAAUGAAAAAAAUGGAGAUAUAUUUUCAAUAUGGAACUAUGAUGGAAAGAUUGCUUACGAAGACAUUAUUGAAGCAACAGAAGACUUUGAUAUCAAAUACUGCAUAGGUACUGGAGGCUAUGGCACUGUUUACAAGGCUCAAUUACCUACAGGCAAUGUGGUAGCCUUGAAAAAGCUUCAUGGAUGGGAAAGAGAUGAGGCAACAUACUUGAAAAGUUUUCAAAAUGAGGUGCAGGUUUUGUCAAAAAUAAAACAUCGGAAUAUCAUAAAACUUCAUGGCUAUUGUUUGCACAAAAGAUGCAUGUUUUUGAUUUACAAGUACAUGGAAAGAGGAAGCUUAUUCGGUGUAUUGAGCAAUGAAGUCGAAGCUUUGGAAUUGGAUUGGAUUAAAAGGGUGAAUGUGGUCAAAAGCAUAGUCCAUGCCUUAUGCUAUAUGCAUCAUGACUAUACUCUGCCCAUUAUUCAUAGGGACAUAUCAAGCAGCAAUAUUCUUUUGGACUCUAAAUUGGACGCUUUUCUAUCGGAUUUUGGUACUGCUAGACUCCUGCAUCAUGAUUCAUCCAAUCAAACUGUUCUUGCAGGCACUUAUGGUUACAUAGCGCCAGAGCUUGCCUACACUAUGGUUGUGACGGAAAAAUGUGAUGUUUAUAGCUUUGGAGUGGUGGCACUUGAGACAAUGAUGGGAAAGCAUCCAAGAGAACUUUUCACCUUAUUGUCUUCCUCAUCAGCUCAAAGCAUAAUGCUCACUGAUAUAUUAGAUUCACGUCUCCCAUCUCCUCAAGAUCAACAAGUUGCUAGAGAUGUAGUUCUUGUGGUCUGGUUGGCACUCAAAUGCAUACAUUCUAAUCCGAGAUCUCGUCCAACAAUGCAACACAUCUCAUCGAGGCUUCGUACUCAAUUACCAUUUCUUGAAACUUUUCAUGGGAUUUCACUUUGGCUAUUGAAUACUCAAGAAAUAUAAUUAGGGGUUUUCUUCAUCAAAUGUGGCAAUUGUAUUUGAUGACAUCUUUCUACUUUCUGUGCUUGUUUUGUGAGCUUGAGAAUAAUACCAUUUCUAGUUCUAUUCCCAUAUCUUGGGAAAAAGAC